CAGAGCUAUGCAACUUUACAGAUCUCGUCUAUUAGUCUAUUAACUUAAGAGAUUUGCGAUGCAACUUUAUGAACAAGAUGUCAAAUCUCGUAAUUUUAUUGACAGGGUCUAUUAAGAACGAGAUCUUAUAUGAACGAGAUUUGCGAUGCAACCCUGAGUGGUGAAUUUUAUAAAAUAUGAAUUCUAACCUCAAAACGUCUCAUAACUACUGGACAGUUUCAGAGGUACCACAAAGUACGAGAUUUUGUGCAUUGAAGUGCGUUUCGAGAGAAAAAUAUAAGAAUGGACUUCCUGUUAUUGGUUUUUUUGUACCUAAGGUUGAGGAGGCGGCACAGAGGGACGAAUCGUCGCUUGGAAAUGCGAUAUUUAAGAGAUUCACUGGAUCCCUUCGAUACCGAUGAAUUUUUAUUUCGAAGGCGAUAUAGAAUGCCACAACAUUUGGCUAUCCAGUUAAUAAAUGAGAUAAAAGACUACGACACCGCAGGAGUAUAUAGCUGGAUACCACUGCAUCUGAAGGUACUCACUACUCUGAAUUUUUUGGCCACUGGAUCAUAUCAGAGGGGGAUUGGAGAUCAUUUCCACAUAAUGGUUGCCCAGUCCACGGUCAGCAGGUGCAUUUCCUAUAUAUGCCAGAAAAUCACUAAUCAUUUACGGAAUAAAUAUAUAUGUUUUCCACAAAAUGAUUCGGAAAAACUUCAGGCAAGAAGAGGUUUCCAGGAAAAAUUUGGUAUACAGAAUACUCUAGGAGCUAUAGACUGUACUCAUGUAUACAUUAUAGCUCCUCCAGAUUCAUACAGACACUUGCGUACAGAUUACAGGAAUAGGAAAAGAGCGUACAGCUUAAAUAUUGAGGCGGUGUGCAACAGUGACCUUAUUUUCACAUACAUAAACCCCAGAUUUCCCGGAUCCACACAUGAUUCUGCCAUUUGGGCAGUAACUCCGUUGAGGAAUGUCAUGAGGAAUGGCUACACACAUGGUGAAAACGAUUGGCUUAUUGGAGACUCCGGCUAUCCUAAUGAACCAUGGUUAAUGACGCCGUAUCCCAAUACUGUGGAAGAACGUCAUAAGAUGCUUUACAAUCGCAUUCAUAAAAGGACGAGGAAUGUUAUAGAAAGAGCGUUUGGUGUUUUAAAAUCUGUCUUUAGAUGUGUCUUUAAGCACAGGGUUCUUCAUUACGAUCCAAUCAGGGCAGCAUACAUUGCAACAACAUGUUUUACUUUGCACAAUUUCCUAAGGAUUAAUAAUAUAGAAUUUGAUUACGAUGAUCAGGAAAUAGAUAGUGAUGAAGAUGACGAAGAAUACGGUGUCGUUAGGCCGCACUCAGAUUUACUUAGAGAGGGGCGGCGAAUUAGGGAUGAAUAUGCUUUGUCUCUUCUUUGAAAUUAAUAAAUAAUAAAAAUGUUUAAUUAUAAAAAUAAUAUUGUUUAU